AUGGCUAAUAUGAAGCACUUGGAGGUGCUUCAACUAGGCCGUUGGCUGCAUGGUUCACAAAAGCAUCAUAUUGAGGUGAGGAAUGAAGGGUUCCUGAAAGAGUUGAAAAGCCAAAAGAAUUUGAAGUAUCUUAGUUUACGUGGGAUGUCAGGAAUAUCCAACCUGCUAAAUAUUCUUCAACUUGAGAGACUAGAAACACUAGAUCUCAAGGCCUGCCACAAUCUGGAAACACUACCUAAUGAUAUUUCAUCAUUGAGAAACCUCAGACAUUUGAAUUUGUCUGACUGUUACUUGUUGGACAAAAUGCCGAGGGGGAUCGAGAAGCUAACUGAGCUUCAAGAACUAAAAGGAUUUGUAAUAGGUAGUCAUACCAAGACUGCAUGCACAAUAUCAGAUCUCAGAAAUUUGGAGAAACUAAAACAACUUAGCAUACAUAUUGCAAGUAAGGCAGUGGUGAAAGAAAGAGAGUUUGAAGGUUUGAAAGAAAUGUCAGCUCUUGAGUAUCUAAAAAUAUCAUGGGGUACCACUGAAACAAGUUACUGUGAUAUUGAGAUAAUUUUACCUCCAAAUCUAAAAAAGUUGCAUGUUAAACGCAUUCCUGAAAAUAGUAUUCCAGAAUGGUUGAAGCCUGGGAAAUUACCUUUGGUAUUGAAUGAGUUGUGA